AUGGCAAACAACAAAUCAAUAACAUCUGUUCAAAACAAUACACAGGCUAAUGAUAAACAAGCAUCAAGCUUUUCCAAGGGUGCAGUUGCAAAUCGACGUAUGAACAUGCAAAGAAUGCAAAAUGUUCUCCUCAUUUGGUUGGACAACAAUAUUAAUGAAAAUAAUGCUGAUUGUAAUAAUACAAUUAAGCAAUUAAAACGUGUAGUGAACAACGUAAACACGUUUACAAAUAGUGAAGAAUGUGUUGAAUUUAUUCAAACCAUAAACAACAACAACAAAGUAUGUAUGAUUGUCUCCGGGUCACUUGGGAAACAUAUUUUGCCUCAUAUGCAUGAUAUGUCCCAAGUAGACACCAUUUUUGUUUUUUGUAACAACCAAGAAUGGCAUAAACAAUGGGUCAAAAAAUGGCCUAAAAUAAAAGGAGUCUACACAGAUAUAGCAUCAAUCUGCGAAGCUCUCAAGCAAGCUGCUCACCAAUGUGAACAAAAUGCCAUCUCAAUCAGCUUCGUGGCAUCAAACAAGAAAUUGGAUCAAUUAGAUCCAUCAUUCAUGUAUACUCAGAUCUUGAAAGAGAUCUUAUUAACCAUUAAAUUCGAAGAUAAACAUUUCAAAGAAUUUAUUACAUAUUGUCGUGAAGCAUUUGUCGAAAAUCAGUAUGAAUUAGAUAAUAUUACAAAAUUGGAACGUGAUUAUCAUGAUCAAACACCUGUUUGGUGGUAUACCUAUCAAUAUUUUUUAUAUUCGAUGCUCAACCAAGCAUUAAGAUUAAUGGAUGUUGAUACUAUUGUUCGAAUGGGCUUCUUUAUUAAUGAUCUACAUCGUAAUAUUCAACGGCUCCAUUCGGAACAAUUUAAUGGUCAGCAAUCUGGUAAAACAUUUACAGUUUAUCGUGGACAAUGUCUUUCAAAAGAAGAUUUCACCAAAAUGACAAAAACUAAAGGUGGACUCCUUUCAUUUAAUAACUUUUUAUCGACUAGUAGAAAUCGUAAUGUUUCUCUCUUUUUCGCACCACAAGCUGCUACAAAUCCUGAUCUUGUCGGAAUUCUAUUUGUUAUUUCCACUAACUCUACUCGCUCAACAGCUCCAUUUGCUUCUGUUUCAGAUGUUAGUUAUUUUCAUACAGAAGACGAAGUUCUCUUUUCUAUGCAUACCAUUUUUCGCAUUGGAGAUAGUAAACCAAUGAAUGAAAAUAAUCAUCUCUAUAGAGUAAACUUAAUAUUGACCAACGACAACGAUCAAGAUCUUGAAACUCUUACUGAUCGUAUCCGGCAAGAGACCUUUCCAAAUGUAGAAGGAUGGUACAGACUAGGAUUAUUGUUAAUUAAAAUGGGUCAGUUUAACAAGGCGCAAGAAGUUUACGAAGUUUUACUUAACCAAACAACAAAUGAGAGCGACAAAGCACCGAUUUAUUUUCAACUAGGUCGGAUCAAAUAUAAUCAAGGACAAUAUCAAGAGGCACUUUCAUCUCAUGAAAAAGCUCUUACAAUUCGACAACAAUUACUUCCUUCCAGUCAUCCUGAUUUGGGUGCUUCCUAUAACAACAUCGGUGUGGUGUAUUACAACAUGGGUGAUUAUCCAAAAUCACUUUCAUCUUAUGAAAAAGCCCUUACAAUUCAACAACAAUCACUUUCUUCCAAUCAUCCUGAUUUGGGUGCUUCCUAUAACAACAUCGGUAAUGUGUAUCAGAACAUGGAUGAUUAUCCAAAAGCACUUUCAUCUCAUGAAAAGGCGCUUGCAAUUCGACAACAAUCGCUUCCUUCCAACCAUCCUGAUUUGGCUAUGUCCUAUAACAACAUCGGUAUGGUAUACUACAGCAUGAGUGAAUAUCCAAAAGCACUUUCAUAUUAUGAGAAAGAUCUUGCAAUUCUACAACAAUCACUGCCUUCUAAUCAUCCUGAUUUGGGUGCUUCCCAUAACAACAUCGGCAAUGUUUAUCAGAACAUGGAUGAUUAUCCAAAAGCACUUUUAUCUCAUGAAAAGGCCCUUGCAAUUCGACAACAAUCGCUUCCUUCCAAUCAUCCUGAUUUGGGUGGUUCGUAUAACAACAUCGGUACAGUGUAUCAGAAUAUGGGCAACUAUUCAAAAGCUCAUUCGUUUUACGAACGUGCUGUACAAAUUGGAGAACAAUCAUUACUAACAAAUCAUCCGAGACUUCAACAAUGGAGAAAAAACCUCGAAAUUGUAAAUAAGAACUUAUAA